AUGCCACCGCGGUCACCCGCGCCGGGUGCCCGCCCCCCUCCGCCCCGCUCCCCUGCGCCCAUGAGUCGGUCUCCUAUGCCGCCUCGUUCUCCCGCACCGGGCGCCCGCCCCAUGCGCCCCCCGCGUUCUCCUGCACCGGGGAUGCGCCCGGGAUUACCACCAUCCCGCUCUCCUGUUCCCCGUCCUGCUGCGACCACACCACAACCCCGGACUGGUCUGCCUCCGUCGGCAAGCACUGGUAUUGAGAACCAAAUGCAGCAGAUGAACUUGAAGGGAGGCCAGCCCCAGACCCGUCCAACACCCCCGCCUCCUUCUGCGGCCCCACCUGCGGGACCGGCCCGCUCGAAGCGCGCUGCGCGCGCGUACCACCAGGACGCCACUGCGCCUGCUUCUAGUGGAUGGAACGAUGUAAUGGCUCGUCCACCACCGCCCCAAGCUGCUUGGCAGCAAGAAGCUGCUGCGCGAGUUGACUACCGUGCUGCACAGCAGACGGAACGUGCUCCCAACGAUGACAUGGACUCUGCGCUCGAUCAAAUGCCCGGUACACGAAACGUCCUAUCCGCUGCGCAACUUGCUGCGAACCGGCAACUUAUGGAGCAAAGUGGUGGUAUGCCGAAGCGUACUUCCUCGGGCCCUAUGAUGCCGCUGGGGGGCCAGCCUGGCGCCGACAAGAGCGCGCGUCCGAAGAUUGAUCCCGACCAGAUCCCCAGCCCCGUGGAUGCGCAGUACGCGGAUCAGCAAUUUUUCCACCACGAGUUCUACGGUACCUGCAGUCGCGAGGGACUCCCGCUGUCCACGACUAACUUUGCGGCCGUGGACCAAGGAAAUUGCUCGCCGAAAUUCAUGCGUCUGACGACCUACUGCAUGCCCUCUAGCGACGAGGCGGCCAUGCUUUCCAAGCUUCCGAUUGCGCUGACGGUGCAGCCUUUUGCACAACUUAGGUCGGAUGAAGCAGCUGUCCCCGUGGCCGAGCUGGGAGAAUCCGGCCCACCGCGAUGCAAGCGUUGUCGUGCGUAUAUCAACCCAUGGUGUUUGUUUGUGGAAGGCGGUAUGAAGUGGAUUUGCAAUCUAUGUGGCUGUGCCACUGAGGUUUCCUCCGACUACUUCUGCAACUUGGACAUCAAUGGCCGGCGCGCAGACUUGGACGUGCGGCCGGAGCUGACACAUGGUUCCGUGGACUUCCGUGUACCCACAGAGUACUGGGCUGUCCAAACACCCUCGGAUGUAUCCAGUAUGCUUCCGGUACCUAGCGUCGUGCCGAGCAACACCAAGCAGCUGACUACGACUACAUCUUUGCAGCAAAACGUGGAACGCUUGAACGAUGUCGGUGGGGAGAAUGAGUCGGCCAAGACGGCCGUCAAGGCUGCCAAGGCAGCGGGCGAAGCAGCCCUUGAUACACUGAAUCUUGGCAAAGGCCAAACGACUGUGCGAGUGCCACGCCCGAUGACGUACGUGUUCUUGAUCGAUGUGAGCUUCAGUGCGGUGCGAUGUGGCGCUCUGAAGGUAUGCACGCAGGCUAUCAAGCGGGCGCUGUAUGGCGACGGUGACAAGAGCGAUGUUUCGGCCGCUCCCGGUUUUGGCCUGGCGCCGGGUAGCAAAGUGUGCUUUAUCACGUUCGACCAAGCGCUUCACUUUUUCAAUUUGGAUCCCAAUCUGGAUCAGGCACAGAUGAUGGUUAUGGCCGAUUUGGAGGACCCUUUUAUUCCGAUCAGCGGUGGUCUGCUGGUGGAUCCGUGGGAAUCGCGCCAUGUCAUUGAAGGAAUGCUGAAUGAACUGCCAGGUCUGUUUGCCCAGACCACUGUGGCGGAGGCGGCCAUUGGUGCUGCUAUGCAGGGUGCACAGGCCGUGCUGAAUGGUAUUGGCGGUCAGUUGAAUUUGUUCGUGUCGACUAUUCCUACCAUGGGACCGGGUAAGCUGAAGCACCGUGAAGAUACCAAGUUGUACGGUACGGAUAACGAAAAGAACCUCUUCAGUGUUCAGGAUGCCUUUUACGAGAAGAUGGGCAGUGAACUGGCCAUGGCUGGUGUGGGUGUAAAUACCUUCUUCUUCCCCAGUCAGUACAUUGAUGUGGCGUCAAUUGGACACAUGUCGAGUGAAACGGGCGGUGAAGUGUUCUUCCAUCCCCGCUUCGACCCUGUGCGAGAUGGUGCACGCGUCGCCGCCGAGGUGCAGCGCACCGUCCUGCGGGAAACUGCCUUCAAUGUCACGAUGCGCAUCCGCUGCUCGACUGGGUUGCGUGUGGUCCGGCAGCUCGGCAGUUUCCAUCUCCAUGGUGUGGCAGACAUCGAAACAGGUACCUGGGACGCCGACAAGGCGUUUAGUGCACUCAUCAAGCACGAUGGCAAAUUGGAGGAGUCGCGGGAAGCCUACUUCCAGUGUGCUGUGCUGUAUACGACGGCCACCGGCGAGCGCCGCGUUCGCUGCCACACUAUGGCUGUGCCGGUGUCUGCCACACUUGGCAACGUGUUCCGCUACGCUGAUAUGGAUGCAGCUGUGGCCUACUAUGCCAAGGAGGCCGUGCUGAUGUCUCACAGCAAGUCGCAGAAGGAAGUGCGCAGCUACCUCACGAGCAAGUGUGUUGCAAUCUUGCUCGCGUACCGCAAGAACUGCGCCUCGUCUACGAAUCCCGGUCAGCUGAUUCUACCAGAGAGCUUCAAACUGUUCCCUCUAUACGUGCUUGCUCUGAUCAAGAACAAGGCCAUCAAGGGCGGCAAUGUGACAAGCGAUGUCCGUGUGUACUUUUUCCGGCUGUUGCUCUCCCAGGGCGUGGGUGCGAUCAUGUCGCUCCUGUACCCUCGUAUGGUGGCCCUGCACAGGCUUAGUGAGGGCGAUGGCUUGCCUGUGCCCAUGCUGCAAGGUCUGUCGCCCGAGAAGCAGGCGGUCGAAGAGGCCAUCUUGCAUAUCCCGCACGUGCCCAAGGCCAUGCGGCCCUCGUUCAUGCGGAUGGAGCCGCACGGCGCGUAUCUGCUCAACAAUGGUGAGUGGUGCCUCUUGUGGAUCGGUGCCGACGUCAACCCCAAGUUCCUGGAAGACUUGUAUGGCGUGACGUCGCUGGAUGAAUUGGAUCCACGUAUGACGAGCCUGCCGAACCUACCCACCAAGCUGUCCAAGCAAGUGCGUAGCCUGGUCCAGACCUUCGCUGAGCAGCGUGGCAAGCCCACGCUCCAAGUGAUGAUGGCACGCCAGAACCGUGAUGGUAUGGAGGUCGAGUUUGCCAACAACCUGGUGGAAGACCAGAACAACGAUGCGAUGAGCUAUGUGGACUACUUAUGCCAUGUUCAUCGUGCAAUUUCUUCGGAUAUGCAUUCGGGCAAGGACCAAAAAGAAUCGGGCGGCCGGAAAAAGUUAUGGACGAGUCUCAUUGCUGGUGGCUGUGCUGGUGCCAUGAGUCGCACAAUUGUGAGCCCUCUUGAGCGCCUGAAGAUUAUUAUUGCUGUGCAGUUUGCUACAUACGAAUCGGUCAAGGGAUGGCUCGCGCACCCAGUGCGACACGACUACCAAACUGACCGAGGGGAAGUCAAGUCAUACCCGAAAAAGGAGCUAGGGACGUUCGGCCGCCUCUGUGCUGGCGCCAUCGCUGGGUUUACCAGCGUGGUGUCGACAUACCCGUUGGACCUGGUCCGUUCACGUAUUUCGAUUGCUUCAGCCUCCAUGUAUAUCCAGUCUGGGAAGGCUGCUACCGUGAUGACACGCGUACCGGGCAUUAUGGAGACAGCAUGCAAAGUGUACGCAGAAGAGGGUGGCAUUCGUGGGCUUUACCGGGGGUGCUUGCCCACCAGCUUGGGCGUCGCUCCCUACGUUGCCUUCAACUUUGUCUUUUACGAGAGUGCACGCAUGAUGCUCACCAAGGAUGAUGGUACACCACCGGGGCCCAUUGUCAAGCUGUGCCUUGGUGCUUGGGCUGGCGCAGUGAGCCAAACGUUGACGUACCCGCUGGAUGUCAUCCGGCGACGUAUGCAAGUCUCGGGAAUGAAGGACUCCAAACUGGGUGUCCAAGACAAAAAUGCCGUCGAUGCCAUCCGCAACAUUGUAGCACGGAGCGGCUUCCGGGGUCUGUACUAUGGCUUGCUGCCGAAUCUUCUCAAAGUCGCCCCAUCCACGGGAGCCUACUUUUUGACCUACGAUAUUAUAAGUGGCUUGCUCUCACCCUACGAGGCCUAA